AAUGGUCGAAGAAACGGUUCCGAUAGCAAAAACAAAGACGAAAACUGCACGCCCCAAACCGGUGUACAUGUGGACCGUCGCCGAUACGCUGAAAUGGUUGCGAAGACACUGCAACGAACGUUGCGCACAGUAUCAGGAACUGUUCCAGCGGCAUGAAAUAACGGGCCGGGCACUGUUGCGUAUUACGGACGAACUGACGCUACACCGGAUGGGGAUCGAAGACGAGAAGGAUCGGGACGACAUUCUGCGCGAAAUCAUCAAACAGCGGCUAAAAACGGACAUUAUGGAGAUACGCGACAUGGAGCUAAUGAACAAUGUGUACCAGAACUGUUACUAAAAAGUG